AUGUCCGAUUCCAGGAACAAGGGUGUCGAGCAGACCAAUGGAGCCAGCUCAAAUCAAGCUGGUUUCCAACCACAGGGAAAUAUGACAAUGGAACCCCCCAGAGAACAAGACCUACAGCAGAGCUAUGCGUCCAUCGUCGGUACUGACGCUAACCCCAAGGGCUGGUAUGGAUCCAUGAUUAAUGCGAUCGGCUCUUGCAUGGGAACUCUCGGAGCUAUUCCCUGUGUUAUUUGCUGCCCCAACCCCUACAAGCAAGUCAGCCAGGGCAAUGUGGGACUUGUCACCAAAUUCGGAAAGUUCUACAAGGCAGUUGACCCCGGUCUUGUCAAGAUCAACCCCCUCAGCGAGAGGCUUAUCCAGGUCGAUGUCAAGAUCCAGAUCGUUGAGGUCCCCAAGCAAGUUUGCAUGACUAAAGACAACGUCAAUGUGGAACUGACAUCCGUGAUUUACUAUCACGUCACUUCGCCGCACAAGGCCGCCUUUGGAAUUACCAAUCUCCGCCAGGCCCUUGUCGAGCGGACGCAAACAACCCUGCGACACGUCGUUGGUGCGCGCGUCCUACAAGACAUCAUCGAGCGACGAGAGGAGAUCGCGACGAGCAUCAGUGAAAUAGUCGAGGACCUGGCGAGGAGCUGGGGAUGCGAAAUUUCGGCCAUCUUGAUCAAGGAUCUUUACUUCUCCACUGAUCUUCAGAAUUCCCUAUCCAUGGCAGCGCAAAGCAAGCGCAUAGGAGAAAGCAAGAUCAUCGCGGCCAAGGCCGAAGUCGAAUCGGCGCGCUUGAUGCGCCAAGCAGCAGACAUCUUGUCCUCCGCGCCGGCCAUGCAGAUCAGAUACCUCGAGGCGAUGCAGGCCAUGGCGAAGACGGCGAACUCCAAGGUCAUCUUCUUGCCGGCCGCAAACCAGACGAUGCCUAACCUCAACAAUCUCGCCUCUCAGGAUCCCGCCAAGCAAUACGAGAUUGCCGAGUCCAGCGGGAGCCAGGAUGACGACGGCUUUGCGCAGGCGGUGAAUGCCCACGUCAUUGAGAACAUCUAA